UGAUCGAUAUUUCUAUUAACCAAACACCCAGACAUAAGCCUCUCAUAAAACGCCGGGAGAUAAUAAGUCAGGAUUUACAAGUUUUGGACAUAACUAUGACUUCUGAAGACGAUGGUCGUGCGGCAGCCUUGCUGAGAUACAAGAUUUUAGCCGGUCUGAUGGGAUUUCUGUCUGUUGCACUCCUCAGCAUCGGAAUUAUCGCCGUUGUCAAGUACCCGGAGGGAGGAUUUGGACCUCCAUAUUUCGUCGGUUGUUUUGUCGUCGGCAUCAUGGGAAUGAUCCACGCUGCCGUGUGUACGUUCAUCGCUUUCAAAGGCGGCGAGUUCGCAAAAGAUGACAUCAAGAAACGGGAAAUAGGAUGCGCGAUCACUGGUCAAUACAUACUGUCCAUGUUUCUAUUCAUGGGCUGCUUCAUCGGUACGAUUCUCGCCGGGAUUGGAGGCAUGAAUACCGACACGUAUAGUAUAUAUGACGACGAAGGAACAGGCUAUGAGGACAAAGUAAAGCUCCUGGCUGGCAUAACAAUUGCCGGCUGCAUUUUGGCUCUAGGUGUUAACAUAUUUGGCAUGUUUCUUGUUUGCACGUAUGGCAUCUAUUUUGGUGUUCGUAUUCAAAAUCGUCGAAGAGGUAGGACUGUGAUAACGUUUGGAAAUACAGGGACAGUGUCAACCACCAACCCUGCUUAUGGGGGAUCGGGUAUGGGCGGGGUGGGUAUGAAUGCCAAUACACAAAACAUCCAGGAACAAAACAGACUGCUUCAGGAGCAACUGCGCCUUCAACAGGAGUUGAUUAACACACAGCAACGAGCGCAAGGAGCCCAGUUUGGGUUUAACCCCCCACCACCGGCCAAUUAUCCGUCGGGCGGGACAUAUCCUGCACCCGACCCCGCAUAUCCCCCGGGACCACCACCGAGCUACGGGAACAUUUAAGACGGCAUUCGCCGGGCAGAUUAAUUGUUAAACUUUAUGAAAAGAAAAAUUAGAACUACAGAAUAAAUACAGCCUCUUGAACAUUUCUCGUUAUUCUACUUAUUUACAAAGAUGACUGCCUAAAAACGAUCACUUUGUUAAAUGUUUGGUUCCAUAAUUCCGUAUGUCCUUGUCAGACCAUAAAAGUCAUUAAUGCCGUUCAAUGGAAAUCCCAUAGGUUUAAUUAGUUAAUAUAAACUUUACAUUUCUAUGUAUUAGAAUUAUUGUUUGUAUUAAUAUUAACACAAUUGCGUUCAAAUUACUUAAUACAUAUAUGUAAGCUUGAAUCUUUAUCAACAGUGACGUUGUUUUAACAGAUUGUCUCGAUUGUGAGUCGCAUGUGCUAAUGGCAGACAGUUUAUUUCGACUUAUAUAUUAUAUAAUGAGCAAUGUCAACGUGUAUGCAUAGUUACAAACAAUGUAGUACAAACGAGUAUAUAUACAAAAAUAACACAAAAAGUGAAUACGUUACUAUAAAUUGGUGAACUAGUAUAAUCGUGAUAAUCUGUCUAAAUCUGAGGAUGAACAUGUUUUACCAUAUCAACUUCUCGUACUUUAAGAGACUCUAACAAACAUACAUAAUGUAAUACGCUCAGUUGUAUUAUUUGA